GACAUAGGCCACAACGGCAGGGACACGGGGUCCUCUGUAAACAGGUUACAGGUGCAGCCUGUAGCGGUGAAGUCUGCUGCCCUUUGAUCUUCUCUUGCUUCUGGGCCUCUGGCCUUGGCCCUCACUGUCUUCUUAGAAAUCUGGGUCUAGGCCUGAACGAGAUUCACAGGUAUAGCUGCUUCUGCUUGAAGGUAGGCUGCGUCUAAGAAGGAGAGCAGGUGAGGGAGUGAGGUGAGCUCUGGGAGUAUAGAUUCUGACUGGCAUCACCGUUGGGCUGGUCACUAGCCCUUCUGACUCGGGGUCAAGCUGUGGCUCAGGACUGACUCAGGCCCUCUCGUGGAGUGAGUCUGCAUGUAAAUAUCUUCGCUCUUCGGCAGUUCUGAAACACCACCACCAUAAUGCAAAGAGGGCUUUCCGUUAUAAGACCUAUUGUGGGGAAUAUUCAGGAUAACAAUCAUCUGGUGUGGGUCCUUCAAGGCCAGACCCUCAUAUCAGUCCCAGGGAAGCAUGGCAAGGUUCCAGUCACUAUCGCCUUAAUCCCAUGCAAACAUCCGGAGGCUCUUGAGAAAGACAGAGGGAAUCCCGUGUACCUGGGACUGAAGGAACCGCAGUUCUGCCUGUUGUGCACAAAGGUUGAGGAUCAGCCCACGCUGAAGCUCACAGAACAGAACAUAAUGGAUCUGUACAACCAAGCUGAGCCGGUGAAGCCCUUUCUCUUCUACCACAACCAGAGUGGGACGACCUCCACCUUUGAGUCCGUGGCCUUCCCUGGCUGGUUCAUCGCCGUCUGCUCCAAAGGAGACUGUUCUCUCAUUCUUACCCAAGAACUGGGGCAAGCCUAUACCACUGACUUUAAGUUCACUGUACUGGCUUAAUGUCAGUCUGGAGUUGGA